AUGAAGCGACUGAUGAUACUGCUGUUACUGUCGCCGGCGAUCUUCGCCCAGCCGCAUAAAGGCAAGGACCCGAACGAGGAGCCCUUUCUACCAAUACAUCCCGUCUACCCCUACAGCCCCAAGUUAAUCAAGCGGGAUGCCGAGCCUGAAUUGAUCUCGCAAUUAACGCCGGAGCUGUACACGCCGAAAGUCGACGCCAAGGAUUCCUACAGCUCCAGCUAUAGCAACAGUUACCAAAGAGACUCUUAUUACCCCGAUUACUCGAACUCCGAUUACUCUAAGACCGAACCGUCUGCCUCAUCCGCGUACCCUACGUAUUACAACAGCGACCCAACGUACGCUACCAUCAACGCGUACUCCAACUCGCCGUACGCUGCCUACAAUUCGUAUCCAACUCCCGCGUAUACGGUGAACCCCGCCGCCUCGUCAUAUCCCACGUCUUCGUAUCCUGCCUAUUAUUACCAGCCGUCCUAUUACUACCCUCAUUACUUCAAUCACGCGCUGUUCCCGCCGCCACCGCCGCCGUCAUCGUCGCCAUCAUCGGGUGUCGACUAUCACGAGACUCCGCAGGACGCGCCGGCCGAAGCGGAAAGCGAUAAACAGGACAGCAAAGACAGCAAGGAGACUAAGACGUCGAAGGAAAGUGAGGCGAAUCAAGACGCAUCGACAGGCCAGUUCGUGGACGGUGGAAACUACAUAUCCGGCAGCUCUCGGGAUCUCGACGUGCAAUCUAGCACGUACAAGGUAGCUGGCCCCUACAACCAGUUGGAGCGUGACGUUCCUGCGAAGAGCAGCAACCUGCCAAUCCCGUUGCCGAAGACGACGUACCGGGUGAUCAGCGUAGCAGGACAGCCGGUUGGCCCGGAUUACCCGCUGCCCCCGGCGUACGUGAAGGCGCAGCAGGUGGAGCAACUAAUGAGCCAGACCCUGGCCAAGUUGCUGGCGCAGAAGACGCAGCAGCAGGCUGGCCAGCCCUACGAGGUCAGCAGGGACUCCACGAGUGGCGUCAACGACGCGUCUUAUGUGAACCAGGACGCCUACAACCCGAAUCAGGCGACGUACGUGGCCGUUCCGAACACGAGGUCCAAACCCGCCGUGACCUAUGUCAUCAACACUGACGGUACCGCUAAGGUCAACGAGGAACAGCCGAGCCUUCAAAGUUCGCUUGAAAGUUCUUCACCUCAAAGGACAUCAGGCAAGAACGCGAAGUACUCGAACGUUCAUUACGGUCGCAAGCCGGUUUCGUCAAGCACGUACGUGUCACGCGGGGAUCGCAACAAGCAUCAUCAUCAUCAUCAUCAUCGCGACAGCGUGGUCAGCAGUCAUCAGCCGGAUCAAACGGGCGAUUACGGUGGCUAUGACGGAUCACAGAGUUAUGGGGGCACUGUUGGCAGCAAAGAACAGAGUUACGGGACCUAUCAGAGCCAGUCGAGCUCUUAUCAGAGCAAAGAUCCCGCCGUUGUAGCUCAAACACCACGAUCGUACAGUUAUCAGUACUCCGCUUAUGAUUCAGAUCAGACGCAGCAGUCGUACUCGCAGCAAGAUAAGAUCAAUGCGGACGACGGAAAUUUUGGUACGAAGCAGUACAAUAAGGGAUGAUACGCUGAUUCGAAUGGUCUUAAGAUUUUGCGAUGAAGAAUGGAAAAGUGAUGCUGUUACUGUAUAAGAAGUAAACUGUUGUUGUUAUAUCGCUUUAUCGUUAUGGAAUUGUUGUUGAUUUGAUGCGAUUUCUGUCUCUCUCCUAGCACAUUUUCUAGAUAAGUUGUUAUGGGUGUCUCGGAUAUCAAGCACUUGUUGUAUUUAUUAGUAUAAUAAUCGUUAACAUGUUAGUAAGAAUUUGAUAAGCACGAUAUAAUUUGCAGAAAUUAUCUGAAUUUCCGAUAUUUCCGAAUUCCAAUAUUUAAUUAAACGAAUAAAUAAACUCCAAAGGCUUGGAUCAGAAUCUACAAUUUUUAUUUAUAAAACUGUAAUGAACCAUUCGUAAUUAAAAAAAUUAUUGAUAUUUAAUA